AAUUCUAUCAAGAAAUAUUUUCUUGAGAAUUCAGGGCAUAUAAGAAACGACAGUUUCAACAUCCAGUGCGAUGUUACCGUCAUGAAGUCUACCCGCAAAGGUAGUCGGUUUAGCUUGGUUCCUCCAAGCAACUUGCGUCAACAACUUGGUGACCUAGUGAAGAGCAUGGAUGGAGCCGACGUGACCUUUCAUGUCGGCGGGGAGAGUUUCUUGGCUCAUAGGGCCGUGCUCGCCGCUCGGUCAUCCGUGUUCAGGGUGGAGCUCUUUGGCGGCAUGAAGGAGAAUGCCGGCGGUCCAAUUGAAAUUUGUGAUAUGGAAAGUGACGUGUUCAAGGCCUUGCGCCACUUCAUAUACACAGACUGACUAGUGCCUGUUCCCGAGAUGACUGAUGGAUGUGGAGCACGAAGAGAAGCGGUGAUGGCUGGCCAUCUGCUUGUUGCAGCGGACAGGUACAACAUUGAGAGGCUGAAGCUGAUAUGCGAAGAGAAGUUGUGCGAGCUCAUCAACUCUGACAUCGUGGCGCCAAGUUUGGCUCUAGCUGAGCAGCACAGUUUCGAUACAAUUAAGAAAGCUUGCUUUAAGUUCCUCGCUUCCCCUUCUAAUUUGAAGGCGAUGAUGGCAAGCGAUGGUUACGAGCAUCUGAAGAAUAGCUGCCCAUAUGUUCUCAAGGAGCUGGCUGCUAGCUUCCUGCCUGACGAGCUGAAAGCGGCCAAAGAUAUUAUCAUGACAAUUUAG